UAUGGUAGCGGCGAGAGAAUGAAGGACCAACCAAACGUGGCGCCAUGAUCUUCUUCCUGUGAAGAACAAGUCACAUGCUUCCCAUCAGAUUCUGAAAGGAAAAAAAAAACCCCAUUUCAAAAAUUUCACUUCACACACCACCUUCUCCAUCGGUAACAGUAAAAAACAAUACAAAUCCAGGAAUCCUGUGCUCUCUCGUCUCCUCUACCAACAAAACCCCACAAAAUUUCCCAUCAUUUUGCACCAGAGGCACCAAAAUCAGAUAAGUUUCUUCAGUUUUCGCCAUUAUACAUCAUAAAUCUUUACUCCCCACAACCCCAUUUUAGGAGCUCAUCAAUCUUUCCUGCUGGUUCAAGCAAGCGGCUGCAGUACAUAUACAUAAUCGUUAGCUUUAAAUGCAAUCCAUGGCCCCACACCCACACACUUAAAACUCUUUUUUGCCUCUCUGCUUUCUCCUUCAAAUAUUAUAUUGUUUUUCAGCUUCUUUUGGCUUCAUUCCCUCGCCCAUUUCUUAGAUUCAGUCCUACCCUUGUUAAGAUUUGAGCAAUUCCUCUUCUGGGUUUCCCGAAAUUUCCCCCCAUUUCCCUAGAUUUUUUGUUUUUUCUUGUUUUCUUGUUUUCCCCUCUUCUGGGUUUGGAUUAUGAUCCAUCAGCUCCCUGUUAGCUGCCCUGAAACGAACAUAUCGGUGAUGAACAGGGGGUUUUAGGUGGGGGCGGUGAGUGAUUUGAGGGCCAUAAUGGUGGGAGCGGCAACUAAUGGAAGAGCCCGUUUGUCCUUCUCGGUCGUUAAUGGCGGACAAGAGCUCUGUCUGACCAGUACUCCGACCAGUUUUGCGGGCUCCGACUGCGGUGGCAUUGAGUUCACUAAAGAAGACGUUGAGGCUCUGUUGAAUGAGAAGCUUAAAAGGAAGGACAGGUUUAAUCUAAAGGUCAGUCCCUCCUUUUCAGCAGUUAAGGAAAAAUGUGAUAACAUGGUGGAAUACAUUAAAAGGCUUAAACUCUGCAUCAAAUGGUUCCAAGAGCUUGAGUAUGGCUAUUUGCUUGAGCAGAAGAAGUUACAAGAUGAGUUGGAAUCCUCGGAGGUCAAGUGCAGUGAAAUGGAGAUGAUUGUGAAGAAGAGAGAGGAGGAAUUGAAUUCCAUCAUUGUGGAACUCAGAAAGAACAAUGGUUUUUUUCAAGAGAAAUUCACAAAAGAAGAAUCAGAUAAAUUGGCUGCAGUGGAAUCUCUCGCAAAGGAGAAAGAAGCUCGAUUGAUUAUGGAGAGGUCACAGGCUUCACUCACUGAGGAGCUUGCAAGGGCUCAACGUGAACUCUCGAGUGCGAAUCAAAAGAUAUCGUCUCUUAAUGAAAUGUACAAGCGGUUGCAGGAUUACAUUACCAGUUUACAGCAAUAUAAUGGCAAACUUCAUACAGAGCUUUCGACUGCUGAGGAUGACCUCAAACGAGUAGAGAAAGAAAAAGCUGCUGUGGUGGAGGACCUCAGUAUGACCAAGGGCGAACUUGCUCUGUCUAGAGCUUCUCAAGACGAGGCGGUAAAGCAGAAGGAUGCUAUGGUGAACGAAGUCACGUGUUUAAGAAGAGAAAUACAACAAGUUAGAGACGAUCGAGAUCGUCAACUAUCUCUGGUGCAGACUUUGUCAGAUGAAGUAGAGAAGUGCAGGGACAAUGCAGAGAAGUACUGUGAGGAGCUGGAUGAAAUGAAGGCUAAAACAAAUGAAUUAGAGGCAACAUGCUCUUCACAAAGUAUUGAGCUAAAGACGUUGCAAAAUCAUCUAGCUGUGGCCGAAAACAAGAUACAGGUCUCUGAUCUGACUGCAAUGGAGACGUUGAGUGAAUUCGAAGAUCAAAAGAGGCUCGUACGUGAGUUGCUAGACCGACUCGCAGAUGUGGAAAAUAAGCUUAUGGAAGGAGAGAUGCUUAGGAAAAAAUUGCACAAUACCAUCUUGGAAUUAAAAGGGAACAUUCGUGUAUUUUGUAGAGUUCGGCCUCUGUUACCCGAUGAACGUUCCAGUGCCGAAGGAAAUUUUAUCUCCUAUCCCUCAUCAGUGGAAUCGCUUGGACGAGGAAUCGAUCUGGUGCAAAAUGGGCAACGACAUUCUUUCACGUACGACAAGGUUUUCACACCAGAAGCAUCACAAGAAGACGUCUUUGUAGAAAUUUCCCAGCUUGUCCAAAGUGCCCUUGAUGGCUAUAAGGUUUGCAUAUUUGCGUAUGGUCAAACUGGUUCUGGCAAGACGUAUACAAUGAUGGGCAGACCAGGGCUCCUAGAGGAGAAAGGUCUGAUACCUCGUUCGUUGGAACAAAUAUUUCAAACUAGACAAUCUCUUCAACCUCAGGGUUGGAAAUAUGAAAUGCAGGUAUCGAUGUUGGAAAUAUAUAAUGAAACGAUCCGUGAUUUACUAGCAACAAAUCGAUCAGCUCCAGAUGUGCAACGACCAGAGAAUGGUUCUCCUUUAAAGCCAUACUCAAUCAAACACGAUGCGAGUGGAAACACACAAGUUUCUGAUCUUACAGUCGUGGAUGUCCGUAGUGCCAGGGAGGUCUCGUUCCUAUUAGAGCAAGCUUCUCGGAGCAGAUCUGUUGGCAAAACCCAAAUGAAUGAGCAAUCAUCAAGAAGUCAUUUUGUGUUCACUCUAAAAAUAUCUGGUAUCAAUGAGAGCACUGAUCAACAAGUACAAGGCAUUUUGAAUUUAAUCGAUCUUGCUGGAAGCGAGCGUCUUUCUAAGAGCGGGUCUACGGGAGACCGACUAAAGGAAACCCAAGCCAUAAACAGAAGUUUAUCAUCUUUAAGUGAUGUUAUAUUUGCUUUGGCAAAGAAGGAAGAGCAUGUUCCCUUUAGAAACUCCAAACUUACCUAUCUUCUUCAGCCGUGCCUCGGUGGAGAUUCGAAGACGUUGAUGUUUGUAAAUAUCUCUCCCGACCCCUCCUCAGCCAAUGAGUCACUCUGCUCGCUUCGGUUUGCUGCCCGGGUCAAUGCUUGCGAGAUUGGUACUCCGCGACGUCUAACCAAUACACGACCUUGAGAUUUAUGCUCGAGCUGUCUUUAUAUCCGCGAAUCCACUAUUCAAUGAUGAAACAUCAGAAUGAUUCUGACUUAGGCUUAGUUGUAUAGCAAAAGAGAUCUGAUUGUAUUAAUGAAAGUAAGAUAUUUUUUUCCCA